AUGGCCUAUGGCGGCGGCGGAGGAGGCGGUGGGGGCAGCGGAGGGCGGGCAAUAAGAGUGCUGAACGUGGCGGAGAAACCGUCAGUGGCAAAAGCAGUUUCGGGAUUCCUAUCGAAGAACCAGCAAGGAGGAUUGAGGGUAAGAGAUGGACGGUCCAGAUACAAUAGGAUAUUCGAGUUCAAUCACACCAUCAAUGGACAGCCUUGCCAUAUGUCCUUCACCUCCGUCACAGGUCAUCUCAUGGAGCUCGAUUUCGACGAUCGCUUCAGAAGAUGGCAUUCUUGUGACCCCGUCGAUCUUUACCAUGCUUCUGUUCGUAAAUUCGUCCCUGAGGACAAAUCAGAUAUAAGAAGGACGCUGGAGGAAGAAGCUAGAAAGUGCCAGUGGCUUAUCCUGUGGCUUGAUUGUGAUAGAGAAGGAGAAAAUAUUGCAUUUGAGGUGAUUGAAGUCUGUACACAAGCGAAUCGCAAUCUUAAUAUCUGGAGGGCUCGUUUCUCUGCAUUAAUUGAAAGGGAAAUUCAGAAUUCAUUGCAGAAUCUUGUCAGACCCAAUCAAUUGUUUGCUGAUGCAGUGGAUCUAAGACAAGAGAUAGACCUUCGGAUUGGUGCCUCUUUUACUCGCUUUCAGACCAUGUUUUUAAGAGAUGCAUUUAUGAUUAAUCUUGCUACAGAUGACAGGAAUCUUGUUAUAAGCUAUGGACCCUGUCAGUUUCCAACAUUGGGCUUUGUCGUGGAGCGCUACUGGGAAAAUCAGUCACAUGAGGCUGAAGAGUUCUGGACUAUUAAUUGUACGCACAACACAGAUGAAGGCACUGCUAACUUUAAGUGGAUGCGGGGACAUUUCUUUGAUUAUACAUGUGCAGCAAUAGUUUAUGAAAUGUGCAUCCAAGAACCUACUGUCACUGUCACAGAGAUCAAGGAACAAGAAAAACUUAAAUAUCCUCCUCUUCCUUUGAGUACCCUUGAGCUUGAAAAACGCGCAUCUCGUUUCUUUCACAUGAGUCCUGCACAUACCAUGAAGGUAGCAGAAGAUCUGUACCAAGCUGGAUUUAUCAGUUAUCCUCGUACUGAGACUGACCGCUUCUCAGAGAAGACUGACUUGCGAGCAAUUGUUUUUGAACAACAAGGGCAUCCGCUAUGGGGCUCAUAUGCUCAGCUUUUGUUGAACCCUGAAGCAGGGCUUUGGAGAAAUCCUAGUAGUGGCAGACGCGAUGACAAAGCCCAUCCUCCCAUUCACCCUACCAGAUUUUCACCUGGUGAAUCUGGAUGGAGUCGGGAUCACCAUAGAUUGUAUGAACUGGUUGUUCGGCAUUUUCUAGCCUGUGUUUCUCAGCCAGCGAAAGCGGCUGAAACUUCUGUUGAAAUUGACAUUGCUGGUGAAACGUUCUCUUCAUCCGGAAGGGUGAUACAUGCGAAAAAUUACUUGGAUGUAUAUACAUUUGAAUCAUGGGGUGGUUCAAUGAUCCCUACAUACACUUUGGGGCAACAGUUCAUGCCGACAACAUUGACUCUUGAUUCUGGUGUUACUAGGCCACCACCUCUUUUAAGUGAGGCAGAUCUAUUGACCUGUAUGGACAAGGCAGGCAUUGGGACAGAUGCAACGAUGCAUGAGCACAUACAGAAGUUGCUUGAUCGACAUUAUGCAAUAAAAACUCCAGAUAUUCGUUUCUCCCCAACGAAUCUAGGGGAGGCACUAGUCAUGGGGUACGAUGACAUGGGCUAUGAAUUAUGGAAACCAUACCUGCGUGCUAUGAUGGAGUCUGAUAUGAAAGCAGUUAGCAUUGGGACCAAGAGAAAAACUGAGGUUUUGGAAACUUGCUUGCAGCAGAUGAAAGCGUGCUUUAUAGAUGCCCGAGCAAACAAAGGAAAGCUCUUUGAAGCCAUGGCAAUAUUCUUUGAGAGGUCAAAUAGAUCCAAUGACAAUCAGCACAAUACAGGUGGAGAUGUUGUUCGCAAAUGCAGUAUUUGCCAUGAAUCAGAUAUGGUGCUUAAGCAAAAACCGGAUGGACAUUUCAUGGUUGGAUGCUUGGGAUUCCCACAGUGUAGGAAUGUCGUUUGGCUUCCAGGGUCAAUAUCCCAAGCAGCUGUUACCCACGAUAUUUGUGGCAUCUGCACUCCAGGACCAGUUUUCAAGAUUCAGUUCAAAUUUCGUCGGCUAGAAAUACCUCCAAAUUACAAUGUCAAUCAUUUAGGUUGCAUUGGGGGUUGUGAUGAUACUCUAAGGCAACUGGUGGAAAUUUGUGGAACUGGGGCUCGCAAUGCUUCCAGCGUAUCUGGUAGAGGACAAGGUGCUACAUCAUCUAACAGUGCUCAGCGAACUAGUUCCAGAGGGCGGAUGGCUUGUGUAUAUUGUAGGCAAACAGGACAUUCUUCAGAUUUUUGUCCUUCACAACCUUCUCGUAGUCAUACCGCUAGAAACCAGGAAACUAAUCCACCAAAUGGAGAAUCUUCAAUACAUUGUAACUCAUGUGGGGAGCCUUGUGUUCUGCGGACUGCUAAUACUGCAACUAAUCGUGGGAGGAAGUUCUUUUCUUGUCAAUCUCAGGGGUGCAACUUUUUUAUAUGGGAAGAUAGCAUGAAUGGAGCCAGUAGUGUUUCUCGUGCAAAUGCAAGAAGCUUUGCAUCAAACCCUAGCAGGAGAGGUGGCCGAGGCAGUCGAACGGGAGGGCGCGCGAGUGGUGCUGCAUUUGUGUCAGCUACAGGUGAACCAAUAUCUGGCAGGUGUUUUAACUGUGGUGAUCCAUCACAUUUUGCAAACGUCUGUCCAAAUCGUGGGAGAUGAAUUGAAAAUUAAGUCUGGAAAGACAGUUGUAGAAGGUGAAAUUUGUGAUGAGAAGAAGUACUAGUUUUUAUGUUGUAUAAUGUUGUGUUCACUUCAGGAGAUUCUUCUGCCAGCAUAACUUUGGAAAUUUGU